AUGAGCCUCUCUGUGUUUGUGCCUACAAACACCCAAAAGGCGCGAACGACGGCGAUUAACGCGUUCGAGAGAAUGCUAGAGGUCGAGGGUGUGAGCAUGGAAUUGUUUCGUGCAAGCAUGCAUACAGACCCCUCGGGCAAACGCUUGGCUGCCACAAUGGACCGCUUCGGCUAUUAUCUCGCCACUAAUGACGGUAAGAAAGGUAAGCUAGCUCGUAACACAGCUACAUCGUACUAUAGAAACGUCAAGCUGUGGCUAUUUGAUGAGUUUCCACACCUGCGUUUACCCACGGAGAUGAACUUGUUAAAACAAGGGAAAACACUAGAUAAGCACUGCUUAAAACGUGAGAAAGAAAGACUCGUUAACAAAGCGCCGCCAUGUACUAAAGAGGACUUAGGUUCUCUAAUUCGCUAUGUCUACAGCACAGCACGUGUCAACUCGGACUAUCAAGAUGCUGCGCUAACCUGCCUCAUGUGGCACUGCUUCGGCCGCUCGUCGGACCUAGGCUGCCUGCGCAAGCAACAUGUGUCAGUGUCAGCGGACGGCGUCUUCUACCUGCGGCUCCUCCGCGUUAAAACGGCUGAAGAACAAGGGUUAACGCUCAUACCUGACAAGGAGGAUUUCCUGACAUGCCCGCUUCACUCGCUCGAGGUAGCUCUCGUCAUGCAGGCCGCGCCCUGCGCGGCUCUGUUAAGCCAGCUCCCUGAG